AUGGUUGAUGCGGCCGAAAUCAUGUUGAACCUCUCUGAGGGAUCUGCUUCUUCGUCGAAAGACGGGAAGAAGAAGCAGAAAGGUCCAAAGAGCAAAGGCAACAAGGAAGCAAGUGGGAGUGGUAAAGUGGGCGGCCCUACUGGUGGCGUAAAGAAGCUAAAAGGAAAGGGAAAGUGCUUCAAGUGCGGAAAGAUUGGGCACUGGAAGGUGAAUUGUCUGGUGCUCAAGGCAAAAGGACAAGGUCUUUAUUUUCAAACGUCGCUUCAAGAAUCAACCCUAAUUCCAGCGCCACUUCAGAAUCGCAGUGAUGGAAAAGCAGCUGAUAUCCAUGUAAAUCAACUAGAUCCGAACCAUGAGGUUGAAACAGAGAUUAGAGAAGAGAAUCAAGACAAUCCCUACAUGACAAAGAAAAGAAAACGCACAUCCAAAGUGUGGGAUGACUUCAAAGAGAUCACUGAUGUAAAAGGAAAUGUGAAAGCCGAAUGCAUUCACUGCAAGACACGGCUAUCAGUCAACAAGACUGGUUGUACAACUCACUUGGCUAGACAUAGUGCCAAAUGCACUGCUAAACAAAUUCACAGCACGAAAGGCCAACAAAAUAUCAGCAUCACAAUGUCUAUGGCUCAGAAGGAAGCGGUGAGCUCUGUCACUAAUUUUAAGUAUGACCACUCAAAGAUCAGAGAGGUACUUUCACACAUGAUUAUUGUGCAUGAGCUCCCAUUUCGAUUUCCUGAAUAUGAGUUAUUUAAUUUGUUGAUGAAGAGCGCCACUCCCCUAUAUAAUAAGAUUAGUCGUGCAACAGCAAACAAGGAUUGUUGGGCCUCUUAUGAGUUGGAGAAGAAGAGAUUGAUGAACGAAUUGAAAGGUGUUAGUAGAGUAAGUGUGACUACAGACCUUUGGACAUCAGAUCAAAAUAUUUCAUAUAUGGUUGUCACAGGUCACUAUGUGGAUUCAAAUUGGAAUUUACAAAAGCGCACUUUGAACUUUUGUGAUAUUCCACCACCACAUACGGGAGUCGUGAUAAGUGAUGUGCUGCAAAGAUGCUUUCGAGAGUGGGGUAUUGAGGAAAAAGUUUGGACAAUCACUGUGGAUAAUGCUUCCAACAAUGAUGUAGCUGUUCGUAUAUUGAAAGAAAAUCUCUUGUUCAGACACACUUUACCUCUUGGUGGUCAAAUAUUUCACGUGAGAUGUUGUGCGCACAUUCUUAAUCUUUUGGUCAAAGAUGGAUUAUCUUCUAUUCAGGAUGUGAUCUCCAAAGUGCGUGAAAGUGUGAAGUAUGUGGCAGCAUCAGAGGCACGUGUGAUCAUGUUCGGUGAAAUUGCAAAGCAGUUGGAAUUAUCUUCGAAGAAGCUUGUCUUGGAUUGUGUAACAAGAUGGAAUGCAACAUAUUUUAUGUUGUCAUGUGCUUUGGAGUUCAAAGCCGUUUUUCCAAGAUAUCAACAAAGGGAUCCUUCAUAUACUACAUUGCCGAGUGAGGAGGAAUGGGAGAAAGUGCGCAUUGUUUGUUCUUUCCUUGAAGAUUUUCAUGAGAUCACUGAACUCAUCUCAGGUUCUGAGUACCCGACAGCCAAUCUUUUCUUGGUCAAACUUGUUCACAUAAAGUCACUAUUGACUUAUGAGAGUUUAGAUAAAGAUUCAGGUACCACAGCUACAUUUAUGGAAAAAAUGCUUGAAAAGAUGAAGUUGAAGUUUGAUAAGUAUUGGGGAUCUUGUAAUUUAUUGAUUUCUAUAGCGGCUGUUUUAGAUCCUAGAAACAAAAUGAAGUAUAUUGAGUGGUGUGCUGACAAUUGCUAUUCUGGAGUGGAAGGGAUUGAACUUAAAGUAACAGUUUUUGAGACAUUGCGAAACUUGUAUGCUGAAUAUGUAGAGGCUUAUAGAGUUAGUACUAGUACUACUAAUAUUGUGAGAAAUGCUAGUGAUGCUCAAACAGGAAGUUCUAGCAAUGUUAGUGGUGUUAGUAGUGUGAAAUUUGGUACAAGUAGAAGCCAAAGCAAAUAUGAAAGCUUUAGGAAAACUGUUGCUAGUGUUGAUCAAAUGAAGUCGGACUUUGAUUUGUACUUUGAGGAGGCAGUUGAAGAAUGGAAUGAGCCGACUCAGUUUGAUGCAAUUGGAUGGUGGAAGAUGCAUAAGAUGAAGUAUAAGAUCCUAUCAAAGAUGGCUUGUGAUGUGCUAUCAAUUCCCAUAACCACAGUAGCUUCAGAGUCUGCCUUUAGUGCUGGUGGUAGAGUUAUUGAUCCACACCGUGCCUCUUUAGGAGUGGAUACUGUGCAAAUGCUACUUUGUGCCGAAGAUUGGCUACGAGCUCGCUACGAGAUCAAGGGCAAAGCCAAGGGCUGUUUAGGCGCCUUAGACGGCACUUAUGUCAGUGUCAUGGUUGGCAAUGCGGAUAAGCCCCGAUAUAGGACAAGGAAGGGUCAAAUAGCUACAAAUGUUCUAGGAGUUUGUGAUCGAAACUUGAAUUACAGAUAUGUCUUAUUCGGAUGGGAAGGAUCGGCGGCUGACUCUCGAAUCUUGAGAGAUGCCAUAAACAGGCCUCACGGCCUAAAGGUGCCAAAGGGUAUAAAUUACAGUUAA